AUGUCCGACCGCGAGCUCCGCAUCCUCACCUCUGCCGAUGUCGACAAGGUCCUCGAUAGCCUUGACCAGCGGCUGGCAGUCGACUCGCAGCGCGCCAUCUUUGCGGCGUACUCGACCCAGGGCGACGCUGAGGACAUUCCCGGCGUGCGCAAGCUCCAGCUCCCCCUCAGGCACCAGCUCAUGUCGGCUGAUCAGACCAUGCUCAUCAUGCCCGCCCGCGUGACCGGAACCAUGUCGUGCAAGAUCGUGAGCGUGCCCCGUGCAGGCUCGGACGGCCUUCCCGGAUCCACGAUCAUGAUGGACGAGAAGACGGGCAAGGUCAAGGCGAUCAUGAAUGCGCGCAAGCUUACUGCGUUGCGUAAUGCGGCGGGUUCGGUACUCUCGUACCAAGCCCUCGCCGGGGGUGAGCAGAAGCCCGAGCACCUCGUCAUCUUCGGUUCGGGCACUCAGGCCGACGGCCACGCCCGCGCCUUCCUCCAGACCUACCCGUCUAUCAACAAGGUGACUGUUGUUGCGCGCCGCUCGACCCCGCGCUCGCAGGAACUAGUCAAGGACAUUGCCUCUCACUUCCCCUCCGUCAAGGUGGUUGAGGGAGUGGCGUCCUACGCGGACGGCACAUCUGAGGGUGGUUUCGACCUCGCCAAGACGGUGGCCGAUGCGGACAUUAUCUGCACCAUGACCUCGUCGACCAAGGCCCUCUUCCCCGCCGCCCCAGUUAAGAAGGGCGCACACAUGUGCCUGAUCGGGAGCUACAAGCCGCACAUGCGCGAGGUUGAGGACGAGCUGGUCAAGCGUGCUGGUGUGGUUCUUGUCGACUCGCGCGAGGCCUGUGGACAUGAGGCUGGCGAGUUGCAGGGUAUGAGCGAGGACCAACUCGUCGAGCUGGGCGAGGUCGUUGAUGUCUCUACGCGGGAUGCGGCUGUCAAGAAGGUUAACGGCGUUGGAGACGUCAAUAUCUUCAAGAGCGUUGGACUGGGUGUUCAGGAUGUUGCUAUUUCCGCUGUGGUGCUCGCUGAGGCAGAGCGCCUGGGGCUGGGAACUGUCGUUCCCGAUUACGACUAG